GGCAGACCUGAGAGCUUCCGUAGGGGCGCCAUAUCCCUGGCCCUCUCAGAUAUCCUAACGGUUUGGCGAUCCCUCCUCUCAGAGUCUGUGGAAAAGAAACAGGGGUCCCUGAAGAGUCGCUGUGUGAUCAUAGGGCGUGCCCAGAGAGAAGGCCUGGUAUUUGGUCUGUGUGGCGAGGGCGGCAGCCAGGCCUCUGGUGACAGCACCAUGCUCAGAAUUCUGAGAAGGUUUAUGGCCUUCUUUCAGAGGAGGGAAAACCCUAACAGACAUCUGGGGCUUCCACAAGGUGACACCAAAUUGAAAACUGUGCAGGGAGUUGUGACAAGUUUAUGUGAUGAUUAUGGCUUGAUUGAUGAGUCCAUCUACUUCAGUACUAAUAUAGUAACUGAAAACGUGCCUCUGAAAAUUGGACAGAAAGUUACUGCAGUUGUGGAAGAAGAUAAAACAUCUGUUGAAUUGAAAGCAACCAAAGUGGAUGUCAUCCCUGAUAAUUUUGAUGUCACUAAACCACUGGACUCCAGAAUCAGAGUUUUAGUUGGUUAUGUUACCUGUAUAAAGAAAGAUACUGUCUACAUUGAUAAAAAAACUUACUUCUCUAUAGACAUUGUUUCUGAAGGUUUUGUGCCUUAUAAGGGUGACUGGUUAGAAGUUGAAUAUUCCACACAGCCAGGCACCUCAAACAUCAAGGCACACUCUGUGAAGCCGAUGAACUGUAAGCAUGUGGAUGAGGUCUGCAUUACUAGCCUGCAGGAAAGACAUGGGAUGAUAGAUUAUACUAUCUUUUUCACCUUGGAUUCUCUGAAACUUCCUGAUGGAUAUGUACCUCAACCAUAUGAUGUUGUCAAUGUGGUAAUAGUGGAGAGUGUUCAGUUGUGCUGUGUUUGGAGAGCAGUUUCUAUGACUCCAGUGCAAAGGUCAUCAUAACAAAGCAUUUUAUUCUCUGCUCAUCUUUUAUUCUAUGGCAGGAAAUUGUCAGGUUUAAUUGAAAAACUUAGUAAGCAUAAACAGUAUUUGAAGUUUGAUUCUUAGAUAAAUCCAAUUAAGAUACUGGCUCAGCUGGGCUCAGUGUCACACACCUGUAAUCCCAGUGACUCAGGAGGUUGUGGCAGGAGGAUUAUAAGUUCAAAGCCAGCCUCAGCAAAUUUGCAAGGCCCUAAGCAAUUUAGCAAGACCCUGUCUCAACAUUUUGAAAAAUAUUUCAAAAAGGGCUUGGGAUGUUACUCACUAGUUAAGCACCCCUAUGUUAAAUCCCUAGUACCAAAAACAAAAACAAAAACAAACAAACAAAAAAACCAUGCUGGCUCAUUCUCUUGGGACCAGUUCACUUUAGGGAAGGGCCUUAAUUCAAAAGUAUUUGAAACUGGCCUGUAAGAAAGAAAUAAAACUCAAUUAAAUUUAAAUUCUUUGUUUUCCACAGGCAGGAGUGGAUUUUGUGAUGGUAGAGACCUGGUAUGGCCCUGAAGUAACUAACCUUCAGAGACAAAGUAUUUAAUUCCAGAGACAGCAGGGCCACCAUGUUAAUGGGCAGGAUUUAAAGUUAUAGAUUGAAAAAUAAAUAAAUAAAUGAUUAAAAAUGAAUAAAAGGGCAUGGUGGCAUAUGCCUAUACUCCCAUUGAUUCAGGAGGCUGA